AUGGUUUUCAGUAAAAAACAGCAAAUUCGUGGUAUAAGAAUUUUAUUAACUGUUUUCUAUGGAUUUCUUCUAUCAAGUAUAUUAUUUCGUUACAUUAUUCAUGGAAUUGUUGAAAUAGCUCGACAACCAACAAAUCCAUAUGCUAUUACAAUGGUUGUUCUCGGCAGUCUUAUUCUUAUUUCAAUUGCUUUAGCAAUUUAUGCUACAUGGUUUGACAAUACGAUAAUAAUGUUAGUAUCCGGUAUUGUGCUCAUAUGUGUAUUUAUUUUAACACUUGUUUUUGGUAUUAUUCGUAUUAUUAACACGGCACAUCUUCGUGUAGUUACUGCAACAGCUGCUUCAAAUGUUGUGCAUGAUGGCGAUGGGUCAUUGGAUGCAGUUCGAGUAGAUUUAGUAACUAAGGCUGAAAAGACAACGGAUAAUUAUGCUCUUAUUGAAGAUAUUACGAAAUUGAUCAUUGAAUUGAUAGCGAUUCUUUUUGCUAUUCUUGCUACAUUUAUUUUAUAUCGUUAUGUUAAAGCAAAAUAUGCUGAAGUACCAACAAAUGAAUCAAAAACAACAUCAUAA